GGCCCAGAUCUGUGUGUAGUCGCCUUUGUGAAUCGUCCCUUGGCGCUUACAAUUUAUCUUUGCCAAAAAGCUGUCCUGAAUGAGUCUGGAUAAAGAACGAAGGGACUUCAGCAGCGUUGUACAAGAUACAACUUCUGUUUCCUGAUGCAGAGAACAUUCCUGGCAUCAUGGAAAACUGUAGCACGGACAACACUUCCAAGUCAAGAAUAUGUCUUUCAUAUUCCUCGUUGAAGAGUAAUUCUUCAUGAAUUUUGGAUAUGACGAUGGCAGAAUUUGGCAUCUCACUGGACUCAAUUGGCACCCUCUCUCUGCUUCCAUGUGGCACUCCUUCCCCACUUCCAGGCAUCGCUCUCUCCCCGCAAUCACCUCCUUGGCCACUGAACGGGUCGGAAGCUGGAAUAGAUGCCGCCAGCCCAACGAACGUGAGCGAGUGUGGCCAGAUCAAUAUCCCCACUGAGGUCUACCUCUUCCUUGGUGGAGUAAGCUUGAUCGAAAACCUGCUCGUGGUCAUCGCAGUGAUCAAGAACAGGAAGCUACACUCUCCCAUGUACUACUUCAUCUGCAGUCUAGCAGUCUCAGACAUCCUGCUAAGCCUGUCCAAUGCCUGGGAAGCGGUCACAAUUUGGCUGGUAAAGCAGAACAAGCAUCUGGUCACAGAGACCACUUUAUUUAAGUUGGACCAAGUACUUGACUCGCUGAUAAGCAUUUCAUUCCUUGCCUCCAUUUUCAAUUUGGCUGCGAUCACAACCGACCGAUACGUCACAAUCUUCCACGCUUUGCGAUACCAUAACAUCAUGAGGAGGAAGCGGGUGAUUUUUACUAUCUCAGGGAUUUGGAUGUUUUGCAUUUUUACUGGCAUCAUCUUGGUCAUUUACAGCAAGGAAAAUGGCAUAGUGGGUUUCUAUAUUAUAUCGUUUCUCAUAACACUAAUUCUCAUCUUGUCCCUCUACAUCUACAUGUUCCUGUUAGCCCAGGUCCAUGCCAAGCAGAUUAGAAUACUUCCCGGUCAAACAGUCCAAAGGCGAAUCAACUUUAAAGCAGCUCUUACAUUAACCGUCCUCCUAGGGGUCUUCAUUGUAUGUUGGGCCCCAUUUUGCUUCCACUUGAUCCUCUAUGUGUUCUGUCCUUCUGACCCAUACUGUACCUGCUUCUUCUCCCUCUUUCAAAUUGACCUCAUCUUUAUCAUGUGUCACUCCGUCAUCAACCCACUCAUCUAUGCAUUCCGAGACCCUGAAUUGUCCGGUACUUUUAAGAAAAUGCUGUGCUGUCUCAAGAGACAAAGCUACUUCCAUGCAUCAGCCAGUUUCUUGAAUGUGUAGUUGAUUUAUACAGGGAACAGGGUUGAGGCUAUGCUAUCUCCGCUAAUUCAGGAGGACUUGGUGGUAAGAGCCAGGACACAGUGUUUCUGGGACACAGUGAUGUGGGUUUCAGUCCUUCAGAGAUACAAGCACAAAAUCCAUUGUCGAAAUUAAUGACGUGCCAUCUUUCAAAUUAGAUGUUAAACUGUACAGCAUCCUAAAAGCUUUGUACUAUUUACUUUAGUUUAGUUUAGUUUAGUUUAGUGGUUCAGCGCGGAAACAGACCUUUCAGACCACCGAGUCCGCAACGACCAGCG